GAGACUCUAUUUUAAUGCCUGGCGAUACUGCAACUGCAUGUAUACAGCCUGUGCAUCUUGUGUGGCACCAUAAGUGCGUGAAUGAAGGACGUACCAGGGACCUCGUGAUGGAGUUUAUGUUAAACAGAAGGGCCAGAAUGACCUGGUGGAAGAAUUCGCCUCAUGGUUCGAAUCAAUCUUGAAAGAGAGUAAACGGCAUAUUGCAGAUGCAACAAACAUACGCAAAAUAACAGGAACCUCUGCUCUUGUCAAGACUAUAAUACGAGCAAAAGCGCUUGAGACACGCACUUUUUAAACUUCCGUGUCAUGUUCGUUCCCCGGAUCUGCACUUCACAUGUGUGAAACAUUUUUAUAUUCGAGUUUCACGCCCAGACGUCUUGUUUCGGUCUCUUUUAAAUCUUCUCCUCCCCCCCAAAUAAAAACAUCGUAUUUGUCAAAUAAAGACUCGGAGGAACGAGUCUUCGAAUAAAUUUUCUACAUUUCCUCUCAACAUCUGGAAGACAGCUUAUUAGUCACUUUUGGCCUUUACCGCUUCCAAAAUCAAAUCCUUCACCGGCAGAAUAAUCGUAAUCUCAGACAACAUCACACUCCUUCGACUAUCAUGACCAUAUCCGCACCCCAGCGACCUCCUCCUCUCCAAACAGGCGCAACACCACCAGCCUCCACGCACAAAUCUCAAAUCCGUGAAAAGGUUUGGGAAGAACUGCGCCAUGUAGCUAUACCAGACUCAAGGUUCGACCAUGAUUACUCUUCAUUCAUAUGCGAUUUCGUGGGUUCCAAUGAUGCAGGCCGUCACUUAAUUAGUUUAGACUGUUACAUAUCUGCCGAAACGAUAUUUAUCGCCCCCGACAAUUGUUUGCAGGAACUGCGAUGUCAGGCGCUGAAAGAUGGGAAGAUUGUCAUCUGUACAACAUAUGGGAUUCGACGGGGAUUUUUCCUGCUGAAUCCUAAGGAAAUACCGGAACGCAAAUGGGAGGUUGCGAGUUAUUUGGAUGGCAUGGAAAGAUAUGGGAGACAUGUUACGUUGACUGCGAUACGAAGCGAGGGAUUAAGAAUACCAUUGAUGGUUACAGGGACUGGCGCCAUAAAUUACAAAGGUCUUCGUUUUGGAAAGGGGCAUGGAUUUUUCGAUUUAGAAUGGGGGAUGUUAUAUUCGAUAGGGGCUGUGAAUAAGGAUACGAAAACGAUAGCGUUAGUCCAUGAAUGCCAGGUAUUGGAGGAAGAAUUUAAAGGCGAUCAGUGGGAUGCAGGAUGCGAUUAUGUGAUUACGAAUAAAAGAAUCAUCACCGUUGCUGGAGCGGCAAAACCGGGUUAUGGCAUUAUAUGGGACAAGUUGGAUAGAGGAAUGUUGGAGGAUAUCGAGUCGCUGAGAGAGCUGAAGAAUAUCAUCUCGCCGCCGGAAUUGAAAUCUCCGCAGGAGCAUAUGGAUUUCUCAGAAGAGGCGAGGUUGUAUAUGGAUUACGCAAGUUUUGAUUUUUAAAGCGAGGAGUGGGAUAGGAAUGCAUAUUGAGCGAUUUAGGUUAAUAAUGGUUGGCAGUGUGUUCAUGCCAGGUUGGGUUCAAUAUAUUGCUUGAAUGGCUGGCUAUAGCACUUUUACACAAUGUUCUCAAUGUGAAUAGUGACAGCAAGCGCUCGACCACUGCUAUCCAGAUAUUUGAAUGAGAAUUUCAACAGGCGACUGUACUGUACAAUGUGAUGUAUUGACAACUAGGUGGUGAAAUAUGCGUGUGUUGAUCUAACAGUCACUUGCGCGUCAAAGUAAAGACGGAAAGAAGGGUUGGAGGGCCGGAGAACUUGAAAUUUAAUCUUCUAUGCCUGAGAAAAUGUAAAGGCGAAUAAUUUUGAAUCUGAAAAAUAAGAGACGGGAGUUUAUCAAUGUAUAGCCACAACAAGGUGGCAUUAAUGGUUCAGUCCAAGAUAUACCAGAAUAAUAUUUCAGACGUCCUCUAUAAUCCA